UAUAAAAUAAUGCAACAAGGCUUCAUUCUCAGAAGGAGAGCCCGUGCCUUUUAUCACAGCGAUAUAACAUUCUAAGACCUGGUGAAGCAUGGCGUUUACGUUGCUGCUCCUGACGCUAAGUCUCUGGUCCACGCUAGUGAACACACAAACAACACCACCACCAACAACAACAACAACAACAACAACAACAACAUCUCCUCAGACAACAGCAACCGGUACUGGAACAGCAACACAAAUCGACUGCGGGAUAAACAAAAUAUACAACUCGUGUGGCAGCAUGUGCCCUGAGAACUGCACCCACUUCGAUCCUCCCCCCGCUUGUUCCAAAGUCUGCUCUCCUGGCUGCUUCUGCAAGGAAGGUUAUGUACUCGAUGUUAACGGAAUCUGUGUGCCAAAGGAAAAAUGUUUGUCCUGCAGUGGGAACACCACGUACUCUAGCUGUGGUACCAGCUGUCCUGAUCACUGCGACAAAGAAGAAGGUUUUGUUCGACCAUGCACCAUGCAAUGCUUGUUGGGGUGUGUAUGUAAACCUGGCUAUGUGCAUGUGUCUGGGAAAUCUGGACCCUGUGUCCUUCAGCAAGAUUGUCCUGUAAAAAAUAUUAAAAACGUAAAACAAUAAUGAUCCGUAUGACAUGUCUGGCCCCUAAGCCCUAAAAACAUAUCUGUUAUUACUUUUUGGUGUCAUGACUACUCUGUCACAUCUACUACUAGCAAAUAGGAAGUCCAGAGUAACUGAAGAAAUAUAAAAGUAUUUAGUGUAUUUGUAGAUAGUUUCUCCAGUGAGUGGAAGAAGGAUAAGCUUUUAAAAUGAGAGUUUCCAUUUUAAUGAUAUUUUAUCUUUGAAACAUGUUACGUAAUCUAGAGCGAAAGUAAUUUACGAUGUGUUCUAUUGUCGUCGUUUUCU